AUGUCUCUGAAGUGGUUGUUCCAAGUGUUCCAAGGUUCUCAGUUUAAAGGAACCUUUGGUUAUCGAAGAUCAAAUGCCUACUUUGCAGUGGCUCUGGGAGGAGGCCCAGACGCUGUGGCAGACGUCCUCGGAGCCUGCUGUGACAGACAGCCUGUGAGUCCUAGUCAAACAGAAACCAGUGACAGCGCUAUUUGGAGAGAACUCUUUGCUUGGUUGGAGCAUCUGUUACAUCUCCUAGCCACCAUGAGCUGCAGCAAGCACAGCUCACAGAAGGUCCAUCCUGAUUUAAGAGAAACCUUGAAAAUCAAGUACCAUCCAGUUCAGGUCCCUCAAAAAGAGCAGAAUGAUCCCAAGAAGUUGCAAAUGAAAAUGAGUUCCCAAAAAAGAUCAAAUGAGAUACCUAACACCCAAGAGCAAGGACUCUGUUCUAAGAAAACUCGACGAGAUCUGACUACUCCCCUAACUAAGAUAAUCAACAUCACCUUGGGGGGAAACCCAAAGACAUAUAUGUACCACUUCAUCCAGGAGAGGACAUGUAGCAUAUAUGAAGCUCUGAACACCCUUGACCCUGUCAAAAGAGAGAUAAAAAGACAGCAAGGCAAAGAAAUGCUGGUGUGUGGCAUAAAAGGAAUAGAAGGCUACAUAAACCUUGGCAUGCCCCUCCGUUGUUUUCCAGAAGACAGCCAUGUGCUCAUUACAUUUUCCAAAACUGAAAGUGAGGAGAAAGAAAAUAAUUAUCGCUUUGACUACUCACCUGCUGAGUGUGUUAUAUUUUACAUACAUGCAGUUGGGAAUAGGGAACAAAGGAUUCUGAGUGGCAGGGAACUUCACCAGGAGGGGACCAAACUCUGUGUCUAUGGCUUCAAAGGAGAGACCAUCAAGGCCACUCUGAGGAAGGAUGGCAGGUUUGAUUCCUUUGUAGAGCAUGCCCAUUGGAAACUCAUUAACCAUGACACCAUCAUAGAAAACACCCAGCCAGUUGAUGUGUUACAGGGCAAGCUCUUUCAGAUUGAUGUCGAGAGAAAGGAGAGCCCUUGGGUGGCUACGGCAACUCAGAAAUCUGAGAUGGAGGACAGAAACUUGGAGAUAAAAGGAUACAUUGUGAAUUUGUACCCCACAUUGAAAGGAGAACGAGAGAAAAUAGAAUCACUUAUCAAGGAAGAAAGUGAAAAUAGUAAAGAACAGUCUCUUUUCGAAACCCAUAAGAGAAAGUUCGGGGACCUGACAAAAAAUUCUACUCCAGGGACAACCAACAAACUUCUUUCACAAUUCCUUGAUUCCAUUGGGCUCCUAAUUUGGGACAAUAAUGGAAACCGAGGUAGUGCCACUUGCUUUGUUUUUAGAGGGUUGUACAUUUUCAUUUGUAGGCAUGUGUUAAAUGACAUUGUGGGAGAAGGAAAGGAGCCACUUGAAUGCAUAGACCUAAUUAGCCGAUGUGUAAGAGUGACAUUUGAUGAUGAUUGUAAAGAGCCAAACUCAAACUUCAACAGUUAUUUUUGCAUUGAACCUUCGUUUGUCAUAUCUGAUGUAACUCUUGACUAUGCUGUCCUGAAACUGAAGGAAAAUGAUCAACAAGUGCCUGUUGGGCUGUAUAAUGGAAUAGCUAUUACAGUUCGUGAUGAAUUGGUAUUUAUGAUUGGCUAUGAAAAUGGACAAAGGGUUAUUGACCGUUGUACAGUGAUCCCUCAAGGUAAACUAGAAGAGAAAAAUCAACAAUGUGUUCAUGGAACAGAAGCAGCAAGUCAUAACCAUUCUUUGAAGUCCCUCCCUAUGUACACGAAGAGAAGUUUCCAAGAGAUUGACAACUCUAAUGACUUUACCUAUAAUAUUUUUUAUUGCAGCUCUUCUGGAUCUCCAGUAUUUGAUUGUAAAGGUUCUCUGCUGGCCAUGCACACUGCUGGCUUCAGUUUUGAACAUGAAAGUGGAGUUUAUAAUAUCAUUGAGUUUGGCACAAGGAUGGAGUCCAUCCUUGAGGAUAUUAAACAAAAACAUAAAGAAUGGUAUAAUGAAGUUUGUGUAAAUCAGCAGGAUGUAGAAAUGAACAGUGAUGAAGCUGAUAUAAAUGAACAAGAUGUAAAAAUGGACAGUGAAUCCUAUAUAAAUCAGCAGGAUAUAGAAAUGCCUAGUGUAGACAUUUAAGGAUGGGGAGAAUUUGUUCUGGCUUUGAAAGCAUCCAUUUUAAUGGGUAAAGAUGACUGAGAACAUGGCUUACUGGUUGAGCGCUUGUCUAGCAUGCACAGCAUUCUGGGAUUAGUCCCCAGUGAAAAAUGGAUAUUAGCACUCCAAUCAAUUUCCAAAAUUGUUGUUCCCACUGGCUUUUUAAAACUGGCUCCCCCAUGGGAGGCCUCACCCUCCCUGAGGAGUGAUGGGGGCA